AUGGCAAAGAUAAGGUGGACUAAGAAGAGAAGAACGAAACCACUGAAGGAUAUAACUUCUCCUCCUUUAAAGGAAGCUACCGAUGUUUCUCAACCGGAGGCGGAGUCUGUUGAGAAUGAGAAGAGAGAGAAGGAGAAAGGAGGUCCUCAGGCGAAGGAAAGCAACCGUGAUGUAGAUGUAGAUGUCUCGAACGAGAACUGUAAUGAAGAUGCGAUCCCUAAUGAAGAUGGAGAUGCGAACCGCAACGAAGAUGAAGAGAAUGAGAAGUCUCACGAGAGCCGUGAGAGCCCCAUUGAAGAUGCGAACCCAGUUGAAGAGAACCAGAACGAAGAGGUCUCUCCAGGGAACCAAAGUGAAGAUGAAGAGAACCAGAAUCAGGAGGCUUCCCACAACGAAAGUGAAGAUGAAGAGAACGGAAACGAAGAAGCCUCCGAGAACCAAAGUGAAGAGGAAGAGAACUCAGAGGAGGAAGCGGCAAACGUGGAUGGAAAUGUAGUACAAAGAGAGGAAGAGAACUCAGAGGAGGAAGAGAACUCAGAGGAGGAAGCGGCAAACUUGGAUGGAAAUGGAGUACAAGGAGAGGCAUAG